AUGACUACUGCAACUACAACACCGGUGAUUCAACUGAUCCUAUGCUUCCUGAUUGCCCUCCAACCCAAGCUCACUCAAGACCGAGACGAUCCAGACAAGAUGCGUGGCUAUUACCGGAUCUUUGUCGAAGCUGGGGAAUGGUACACCCCAUUGAUCCUCCGCCAUCCAGAAACCUUCUUGCCGACCGUUCCUGCUAUUCGCUCCUGCUGUGAUUACGAGGAUCUCGAGGGACUACAUCGCAAGAGAGAAGAUGCCAACGCAAAACCAUUGCUAGACAUCUACUCCAGUCUGGCACAAACUAUCAUCCGCCAUCUCCACUAUCCCGACGAUCCCAGCUCUCAAGUCGGCCAGGAAGCCGAUGAUUUCCGUCGGUCCCGACAGGACAUCGGCGACACCUUGAAAGAUUGCUGCUACGUGCUUGGUGCCUCGUGGCAGGAUAUCGAAGCACUCCUAUUUUCGAUGAGAACCAUGGGCGCCGAGGUGGAUCUCAAAGAGGACGGGGUCCUUCCGAUGAUCAUGGACAUCAUCCCUAUACUACCCGCCCAUCCUAAGAUCUGA